AAUGACAUUUUUGCUUUUAGUGCACUAAAAUUUCUUAUUUCCUUCAAAUGUGAGGUUUUAUUUGGGUAACUAUUUAUAUACAAAAUGGGAAACGCAGGUAGUAAUCAUCCCAAGGAAUGGCAUAAAGAUGCUGCAGCCAAACCAACAGGCGCUGGUCCUUCUUCCCCAACCAAAGAGGGCGAGGCUUUUACGUUUGACAAAAAGGUAGACGACGAUCGCAGUGGAAGAGAUGACGACAAUAACAUUGAGGAUGGGGCUCCUUAUUAUACCAAGGCCGUGCCUGAGAGCGAGGAAGAAUUCGGUGUUAUGCGUGAACGAUCGAACACAUUGACUGAAGGAAGUAAAUCUACGGAUGAAUCGAAAGUGUUGCCCACUGUGUUUAGAUGGGAAGGUGGUGGUAAACAGGUUUUCAUUAGUGGAACAUUUACUGACUGGAAGACAAUUCCUAUGGUCAAGAGUCACGGAGAUUUUGUGACCAUAAUAGACCUCCCAGAAGGGGAACAUCAGUACAAGUAUUUUGUGGAUGGGGAGUGGCGCAAUGACCCUACAGUGAAAUUAGUUGACAAUGGUAUGGGAUCUAAGAAUAACUUGGUGAAGGUGAAGUUGUCAGACUUUGAGGUGUUCCAAGCUCUGGCUAAGGACAGUGAAGGAGUACACAGUAGCGCCCAGACUGAGUAUUCACAGGAAAUUCCACAAGCUAAACCAUGGGAGAAGGUAUCAGGGCCACCAAUAUUGCCCCCUCACCUAUUACAAGUCAUAUUGAACAAAGAUACACCACUGUCAUGUGAACCAACUCUCCUACCCGAACCAAACCAUGUGAUGUUGAAUCAUCUAUACGCGCUGUCAAUCAAAGAUGGAGUCAUGGUACUAUCUGCGACCCAUAGGUACCGGAAGAAAUACGUCACCACCCUCCUGUAUAAGCCAAUAUAGGUCAAGGUGCCAUGCUAGUUAUAAAGUUGAAGACCUCCAUAGACGGAUCAAUUUUGUUAGCAAUAUAAUCCCAUCCUUUACUGCCAGUGAUCAGGUAGGGUUCUCUGUUCGUACGCGUUUUUCUCUGCAUAUGUGUUUACCGUGUUAUCGGCUACGAAGGCGCUCACGCUGGCAGUGAAUGCGUCAAGGCUCGGUCAAGCAUUACAUUCGAACAAAGAGAAUUAAGAAGACCAAGAGUGCUCACUCCAUACAACGGUUUUGUUACCAAAAAUACUAUUAUUUUCGUAGUCUACAUCUAGCGUCAAGUAGCGGAACUCUCAGUACUGCUACUCGACAAUAGAUGUCACGGCAAACAAAAAGUCUAAUGCGCAACGAUCUUAAGCACUAUUGGUCUUCUUAAUUCUCUUUGCAUUCCAUUCGAAUAGUAAUUUGAGCGGAGUCCCGAACCUAGGCGUCGCAAAACGUCUGAGGCGUUAUACGCGUCCUGAUGACUCAAUGUGUUAAAAUCGAUCAACAUCUGUAAGAAAUUUGAUCGUCAAUGGUGGUCUAUGGUUGUACCCUAGUACAUGUAUGUACGGGUAUGUACAGUGGAACAAUUUGACUUCGAACCUUGAAUAAAAAUUGCUCUUGCAUAUUCGAGCGAUAAGAGAAAUUUCGAUCUUCGUUUUGCGCGGUAGGUCCUCUGAACUAACGCUCUGGCCGUGAGCGAUACCGACGCUGCCGUGGGUCCUGGUAUGACAGCGUGUGAAUCGAAGGCCCAAGAAUGGAAUAGCUGAUCUUUAUUUAUUUAAAAAUUCCAAUACAAUAUCCAAAAAAAUUACAAAUGGCAGACUUAAUGCCUAAAGGCAUUUUCUACCAGUCAAAAAUAAGAAAAUAUUUGUUUAGAGCUACUUAUUGCAUUGCAAACAACUGAAAAACAUAAACUACUAUUAACAAUUAAUAUGUAUUCAUUCAUAGAGAAAUAAGUAAUCAAUAAUAGAGUGCUCACUCCCUACAUCAGUUUUCUUACCAAAACGCUUAUUUUUUUCGUAGUCGACUUCUACCGACAAGUAGCAGAUUUAUUGGUACCGCUACUUAACAAUAGAUGUCACGGGUGUCGCGACUGACGAAAAGUGUAUUGCUCAGCAAUUUAGAACUAAUAUUACAAGCAGAAGGUUAUAUUGGCUAAAAUUGUUGAGCAUUAGACUUUUCGUUUGCCGCGACAUCUGUUGUCAGGUAACAGUACAGAUAAAUCCGCUACUUGACGCUAGAUGUCGACUACGAAAGUAAUAAGCGUUUUGGUAAGAAAACUGAUGUAUGGAGUGAGCACUCUAUGCUUACUUAUUUCUCUAUGAGUUAAUAUACUUUUGUGUCAGAGUCAAAUUGUUUGACUGUACUUGCCUUUUUAAUUUGUUCAGCGUGCCUAGGUAAAUAUAAUAUUGUUAUUUAGGUUUUAGUUAUUAGACCUUUACGCGAAGUGUACCUAUCUACUACAGUAUUCUUGUCAUUGUUUGAGCGAUUUUGCUUUGGCAAAAAUUUUGUCACCAGAUCGCUAAUAAGUCAUGAAUAAAGCAAUAUUUAAAAUAGUUUGCUUGGUCACUUUAACCAAAAUGUAGGAAUUUAUAGUUAUCUAAAACGCACAUGCUAUUUUUGUGUUUAUUGGCAACGGGUGAGACGAUUAAACAUUUGACCGCGAACGACGUCAUUUCACGUCGACGAAAGGUGGUGCCUCUUGAGACGUCUAUAGACGGCAAGAAUUACCAAAAUAUAACUAUAAAAAAUCUUACAUGUAUGCUGCUGUACUCUAUGUAGCUUUGAUUUUUUUAUUAGUUAUUAUUAUGAAUAAUUAGAAAGUCAUGUUUGUUGCUUAUUGAUCACAAUGUUUGAUCAGUGAUAGACUCCGACUACGCUAAGUUUGCAUCGAUUGGGCGGUGACAAUAACUAGCGCCAUCGAUACUCGACGUAACACCUGCCAGGAAAACUUAGCGUGGUCCGAUUCUACUGACACUAAAACUAGAUGGGAAAAUAACGACCCAGGGAACGGUUACUCGUCGACGUGAUAUAACGUCCUUUGCAGUUAGAGGAUUAGCAAAAUAAGAAGUUAUUGAUGUACAUAUAAGACCUUGAAUAAAAUUCCAUUGUCAAGAUAUUAAAUGUGAUGUGCCUCAACGAAGCCCAAAUGAUGUCUCCCAAGAAUGUUUUUAAUGUAAGAAAUUCUAUUUAAUGAUUACAUACAUAAGUAUGAAAUAAAUUAUGUGCGUCGGU